AUGUCGAGCCCCAUUUUCCUCCAAAGAGAGUUCCUAGCCACUGCUGUCCGUGGGGAGCUGGCCAUCCCAAAGGGAUUUUCUCCGGGCCGUAAAAAGCCGCUUUCAGUUCUCUUUCGGCCUGAGUUGGCUUGCCAUGGGGGCCGGGUGGUUUCCGACACCUCGCGGUGUGAUGCACGCCGGGCUGCUGCGUGCUGCGGGCUAACGCUGCCUUGCCUGUCCCCUCUCUGCAGUAACAACAACCCCUACGCCUCCUUCGGAGCCACGCUGGCGCGGGACGAGGAGCAGAACCUGUGGAGUACCCCGCACGACGUGACCCAUACGGAGGCGGAUGACGACCGGGUGCUGUACAACAUGAUCGUGGUCAGGAACCAGCUGGACAAGGACUCGGAGGAAUGGCAAAAGCUCAACUAUGAUAUUUAUACUUUACGGCAGACACGAAAAGAAGUGAGAAGCAGGUGGAAACACAUUUUGGAGGAUUUAGGUUUCCAGAAGGAAGCAGACUCCCUCUUGUCAGUGACCAAACUCAGCAUAAUCAGUGACUCUCAGAACAUGGGCAAAGCCCGGGACAUCCUGUUAAAGCUCUCUGAAGAGACAAACAUCUUCCCAACCAGCUGGGAGCUUUCUGAGCGCUACCUCUUUGUGGUGGAUCGGCUUAUAGCUCUGGAUGCUGCAGACGAGUUCUUCAAGAUGGCCAGCGUGGUGUAUCCAAAGAGACCCAGCGGGGAAAGACUGGAUGAUAGCCAGAAGACCCCACAGUGCAUCUCUGUUGUGAUUCCCUGA